AUGGAUUCAUCAUGGGAAUUUCAGUUACGCAAUUCAGCGGCCAAUCAAGAAGCCAACCCAGUGAACACUAAACUCGGUCAUUUGCCUCGUCUAAUCAGCCUUUGCAAGCUCACUCAACACCAGACAAAACAAUCAGGAUACGUAUUCCAUCUGUCGCUUGUUGUCAGUGUUGGGUCCAGAAACUGUGGUCACUUCUUGAAACUCCAGGGGACAGAUUGCGUUGAUCAUCUCAAAAGCUUGUCCGCAUCAACGACAAAUGAACCAAUAUCUACGACAAAUAAACCCAAAAGAACAUUUUUAAAAUGCUUAACGUGUAAUGAUGUUGACACCGUGGAUGCUUGCAUAGAAGAGAGAGCUUGUGCUCCAGGCCAGUUCUGCUUCCUUGACAAAUACUCUGUAUUUGUUAGAGAUUUUGAGGGAAAUGAUAAGGAAAUUUUCAAAUACAAUGCAGGAUGUCGUAGCACUUCGAUAUGUCAUAUUACACAAUGCAAAGAAAAAGAGAGCGGAUUCAGUUACAAUGGUAGUAACCAUACUUUGAGAUCGAAGAGAGCCAUAACACCGAUCCACUGUACACAGUGUUGUAAGACAGACCGAUGUAAUCUGGAUCUUUGUGACUUUAAGUCAACCGGUUCCGAUGCUGUUAGAUGUUACUCUUGUUCAGACAUCAGACACCCUAAAGACUGUAAAGAUGUUAUCUUCUGUCAGCCAAAUGAGAAAUGCUUAAUCACAAGAGAAAUACGCAUAAACCCUGACGAUUCUCUUAGUCCUGUGUAUCAGCAGCGAUGCGAACGGAAACAGCUGUGCAAGGCUGUUCAUGAACACAAUAUCAUUCCAACCACUACCACCACAACCGUCGCUACAACAACUGAAGAACCACAUAAUACCACCAUCUCUACCACCAUUCCAACCACUACCACCACAACAAAAGUCGUUGAACUGACACCUCCUCCCUCCAUUUUUAGGUCACUCGCGCGUUAUCGUCGUAGUCACAACCUGAUACAGAUAGGAGCAGAGUGUUGCGAUGAUGAUUACUGUAAUACGUUUGAAAUUGGUGGACCAGUUCACACUCCAGAAGAAUUAAUCUCACUGCCCGAUAGUUACGUAUGUCCAACAACCACUACACCAUUCAUAAAUUUUACCUUGCCAAUGACAACAACAACAACCACUCUGCCGACUACAGAAUCUACAACACCGAAACCUACAACACCUCUAAAAUCAACUCCUUCAACAAAGACAACAAUCACAACGACAGCAACUACAGCAUCGACAUCAAGCACAACAUCAACAACAACAUCGACACCAGCCACAACACCGACUACAGUACCAACAACAACAGCAAGCACAACAUCAACAGAAUUGACAACCGAAUCGCAAACUACAUCAACAACACAAACUACUGUAACAUCACCACCACCAAUACCAUCAACUGAAACAUCAACAGUUACAACAACACUGACAACAGCAACAACAAAACCGACGACAACGACAACAAUACCGACGACAACAACAACACCUACCACAACACCCACCACCACCACAACAACACCAACCACAACAACGACAACACCCACCACAACAACAACAACACCCACCACAACAACGACAACACCCACCACAACAACUCCAAAAGCACCAACUUCCUGUUAUUUGUGCAAUGGCAUGCCCAUCUACAUUUGUGAACAAUUCUCCACCCCUCUACAGUGUGAUACAAGUGAUCAACAAUACUGCUUGAAUAUUCUCGUCAACAACAGAGACGGAUCACGGACACUAGACAGAAAAUGUGCGACAAAAGAUGAGUGUAAAACUAAGUGGUGGGACCAGACCUCGGACAGGCAAGAGUGUUCCGGAUAUGAUCCCACAAGUUAUACCGCGCAAUAUUUCACCUGCACAUUUUGUUGUUCAUCUAGCCAGUGUAACAAAAAUAUAGUCCCAGAUAAUCUGUAUGUGCCAGACCAGCAGUAACAAAAAUACAAAAUAUACAUUUUUAAUGUGAUAGAAGUGGUGCAGGAAGAAAGUAAAAUCAAAAUAACUGUACAUAUAUAUCAUACUGAUGAACAAAAUGUGUUUUAUUAAAUAUAAUCACAUGGCUAUUUUAAACAGAUCCCAUUCUUUCAGUUUUACUUGUUUGAAUGUGAGGACAUUCCAGGCACAUUGUAGGUAUGUUGAAAUAGAUCAAACAAAUUGC